AUGAGUACAUUCAAUGUUGCCUGGAUAGUGGCCGUAAACGGGGCCAAUAGCCAUCCCAAGCUAUCAAUCAAUGACCUCUGGCAGGGGUGUGUCCUACUUGCCCGUUCCCCUCAGCUAUUCACCAGUGCUAUGUCCGCCUGUGAUAUCCCCUCAAUUCCCAGCAACAAUUUUACCAGGACUGUACACUUUCGCCAAGGUCCCGUGGACAGGAUGGAGCAGGAAAUUACGUUGGUGGACAGACACAAGUUCGAAUGUACCGUCCCAGACACCGGCAACCGGGUCACAACGAUGAUUUGCCACGGUGUCUCUGAGUCUCCGGAGGACCUUUAUCUGUCAUUUGAGUACAACAUACCGUACGGGAAGGUUAGUCCGGAGGGGGAGGAAGGGGCAAAGCUUCGGGCAAUGUACCGUUUGAAAGCCAAGGAGAACCUGGUGACGGGGCUGGCCACCAUGCGAGAUCUCAAGUCUCGUGGGAAGUUGGGAUAG